AUGGAUUAUCAUUGUUUAAAGACGUUAUACUAAUUCCAACUGAUUGAGUCACUAAACAAACUAAGCAGCAAAACUAGAACACUGAGCGUUGAAACCUUUGCCAAUUUAUUCCUACAAAGGGAAUUGGCUUUUCAAGACAGAUAUUCUACUGUUGAUCAUUCAUAAAGAGUUUUUAGCUUCGUGGGAAUACAUAGCAGGUGAUCAUGAAGCGAGCUCUUGCUUCAAAUAUGCUGCUCCUUCUCGUGGUACUCCUCAUCUAUGAAGUUGACCUAUCAGUAUCAAGCACCCAAACGAUAUCGGUCAAUCCAUCAAUAUCAAAUACACAAACAGCAUCAAGUACACAAGUAACAUCGAGUACUCCUGAUACAACAAGUACUGCAACACCAUCAAGCAUUCCAACAACAUCAAGUACACCAACAUCAUCAAGUACUCCAACACCAUCAAGUACUCCAACAUCAUCAAGUACUCCAACACCAUCAAGUACUCCAACACCAUCAAGUACUCCAACANCAUCAAGUACUCCAACACCAUCAAGUACUCCAACAUCAUCAAGUACUCCAACAUCAUCAAGUACUCCAACACCAUCAAGUACUCCAACACCAUCAAGUACUCCAACACCGUCAAGUACUUCCACACCAUCAAGUACUUUCACACCAUCAAGUGCUCCAACGACAGCAAAUGCUCCUCUUAUAAGUACUCCUGCACUAUCAAGUACUCCGUCACCAUCAAGUACAAAAGAAACUUCAAAUUCUCUAGGACUGUCAAGUUCUCCAACAACGUCAACUAGUAUAGCAGCUACAGCUCUUCCAAUUAAUGAAACGAGCUGGUUUGUUGUUCUCACAACCAAUCAUUCGUGGAACCCUGUUUAUUGUAACUUAGAGCACCCGGUUACCAAAGCAUUUGUAGAUGAUGUGACUGCAAAAUGCCAGGCAAAGUUCAAGCAGACACCUGGUUUUUUGAGAUGCAAAGUAAGGGCUUUAAGGAAGUCAACAAACGAUAACACAAUAAUUUGUAUGGAAGUUAUCUUUAAAGAUGGUUCAAACGUUCCACUUUCAACCGUAGAAAACAUAAUUACAGAUGGAAAUUCUGCAGACUACUGGGGCUUCAAUAUCACAAACAUAAUUGGCUCAAUGAGUAUUUCUUCCAUAUGUCCUGAAAAGACAACAAGUACUCCAACACCAUCAAGUAUAACAACACUAUCAAAUACUCCAACAUCAUCAAAUACUCCAACAUCAUCAAGUAUUCCAACAUCAACAAGUAUUCCAAAAUCAUCAAGUACUCCAACAUCAUCAAGUACUCCAACACCAUCAAGUACUCCUACACCAUCAAGUACUCCAACACCAUCAAGCACUCCAAAACCAUCAAGUACUCCAGCAACAUCAAGUAGUAUAGCAGUUUCAACUACUCCGCUUGUUACCACCACCGAAGUCCCAAUCGAACUUUCGUUUACAUAUUUAGCUGUAUGCAGAACGGAUGAGCCAUGGAGAGAUUAUUUCUUGGACCUUGACAAUCCGUCGASGAAAACCUUCGUACUUCGUGUUACAACAACAUGUYAUAGAAAGUUCAGUCCGUUUCCUCUUUUCUYKAGAUGCCAAGUAAAGAGAUUGUGGAGAGGAAGCACAGUUAUUGAUAUGGAAGUCGUUUUUAAGACUGGUUCAAACAUAACAGCUGAAACCGUGCAGAAGCAACUUGCCUCUGGUAAUUCUACAGUAGACUGGGGCUUUAAUUUUUUGAACAUAAGUGUCUCAAGGAUUAUCAGUACCACUGAACCCCCUACUACAGUAGCGUCAUCUGAUAAACUUGAAGGAUGGAAAAUUGCCCUGAUCACGUUUGGAGCUGUUUGCUUUCUUUUUAUUGUUAUAGUGCUACUGUGCUUAUUGGUGAGGAAAGCUAGAAGAGGUUAUGGGAUGUCYUCAAGGAAGAUAUCCAGAAAUGAGGUUAUGGAUCCCAAGAUGUGCAUUGAUAUGCGGAAAGUGUCAGAAUUUCGAAAACGUGACUCUAACUACUUUCAGKCACCGAUGUAUCUUCCCACCGCUUCGAAUGGCGAGAGAAAAGCGGGUGUAUACUCAAACGUAGCAUAYACAGAUAUCAACGGCAGCAAUCCUUACGAGGACUUGAGGGACGGAAAUUCUGCACUUUAUGACAAUCCUGGUGGCGUUUUGCCUGAGAGACCCAAUGGAACUCACAGUUCUCUAGAUCUCUAUGAUACCGCCAAUAACGAAGCUUCUUACGAAAACCCGUCAUCAAGCACUGCUCGAUCUAACGGGGGUUACGCAAAUAUAUACGACUAGCAAAAGCUCGAAAGGGAUACUGAUGGACCAUGCACCAUUAUCGGAAAUCACAAAGACUGUCAAAAUCUUCUGUAAUUGAAAGUWUUCAACCAUUCCCAUGAGAUUCAAAAGAUACAAGAUAGGCGGCCAUGUUGAAGGAAUAAACAAUAGAUACUAAUGAGAAAUCCUUUUUUGAAAGCCCUCCAAAAUGGCCGCUGUGGCGUAACUUGAAAACGAAGAAUAGGUAUUUAAAAUUAAAAGGGCCUCGUAUCAUGGAUUGACUAAAAUGUCCGUUUAUAUAGUCCAUAACGCAACCCGCGGAAAUCCUUGUGACGCAGUGAAUUUUGGGAUUGAUAAAUGAGUAAACAAGUGAAAAAUGAUGUCAGUGCUCCAGUUGUCUGUAACGUAGACUCAGUUUUCG